AUGACCACCAGUGUCGUUCUGAUCACGUGUUUAAUGCGUGCAAGGCAAACAUUGCAGAUACCAAACAAUACAAAUACCAUAUACAAUGCAAAUACAUGGAUUUUGUAUUUCAAUACUGGACAGUUCCAGGCAACCUGCCCGGAAACGGAUAUCAUCUUUGUCACUUCCGCUUUUUUUGGGCGCAUGCGCCAAGGACCUUGCGUUCAGUCUAAUUUUGGCUACCUGGGAUGUUUCAAUGAUGUCACGGGUCACGUGCACAGGAGAUGCAGCGGCAGGCAAACUUGCUCCAUACGACUUCCGGAUUCAAACCUGCUUGAGAGGACGAAGGCUCCAUGCAAUGACGACCUCAAAAGUUACCUGGAGGUCAACUUCACUUGCGUCACUGGCAAGUGUGAUUUAUUACUACAGUUCAAUUUAUCUCAUUUCGUUCAAUUCUAA